AUGCAGAGGGAUGAAGCCAAGAUGUCGCGCUCACUGCCCGGCGGCUGGCUAGAGAGCGGUCACGGAGCUGUGGUUCUAUUUGUUAGGGAUUUUCGAGACCCACUAGAGCGCCGCAAAAAGCUUGUGCUUCGUCCGUGGGCGAGCAUCAAGGACAUUAAGGAUCAGCUGCAGGUGGUAUUUAAUGUGCCGUCCAACGCGCAGAAACUUUUCUAUCAGGGAAGAGAGCUCAAAAAUGCGCACAAUUUACAGCAAUGUGGCAUAUAUCAAGAUAAUGCUGUAGUUGACUUUGUAGCAAGAAGGCCGCAAAACAUCGUGAUGGCGUACAAACGAGAGUUUGAUGAGGAUCACGGCAUCGAUGCGAGCACUCGCAUAAAUAACGGUGAAGAAAGUGGUGUCAAAAGCACGACAUCUUGCCAAUUAAACAGAAAAACUCUGUCAAAUUUGCGGCCGGAUCAAAUGCCUGUUGUAAACAUCCACCCGUAUGGAACGCAUUUGCUGCCAGUAACUCUCAUGAAAAUGACACACCAGGCAUUGCAAGGUCUCGCUUUGGGUUUAGCUCCAGUGCUGGCAAUGGAUGGUACCGGCGGCACGUAUUUUUUCAAGGAUCCAUCUUACCGCAAUGUUUGUUGCUUCAAACCCCAAGACGAAGAGCCUUUUGGACCUAAUAAUCCACGUGGAUUAGUGGGCCAGCUGGGUCAGAGCGGCCUUCGUCGAGGAAUUCUUUCCGGAGAAGCUUGUGAACGUGAGCUUGCCGCGUAUAUGCUGGACAAGGAUCAUUUCGCUGGAGUCCCAGCUACGUCCCUCGUAGAGUCACGACAUCCUGUGUUUAACUACACAGGUAGUGCAGGUGCCUUGCAUUUUAAAGUAGGGUCACUUCAGGAAUUCGUUCGACAUGAUGACGUGGUGAGCGAUUUAGCACCAAAUCAAUUUUCGACCCACCAAGUUCACAAGAUUGUGCUCUUAGACAUGCGGCUUUUAAACACGGAUCGGAACGAUGCAAAUAUUCUCGUUCGCAAGAGGCAAUCACCUACUACAGGCCACACGGAGUAUGAAUUGAUACCUAUUGAUCACGGCUACUGUCUACCGCAAUUACUGGAGAUAGGUUGGUGUGAUUGGUGUUGGUACAACUGGCCGCAGCUUCAGCAGCCAUUGAGUGCACAAGAUCGAGCAUAUGUACUGUCGUUGUCAGCUGAGGAGGACGCAGAUUGUUUAGCUAAAAGGAUCCCAUUGCGGCGCGCAUGUCGACGCAAUAUGACCAUCGCCAGUAUGGUCUUGCAAAAGGGAGUACGCGCAAACCUAGUAUUGUUCGAAAUUGCCCGGAUUAUGUGUCGCGAAGACUUGGACGCCCCUUCUACAUUGGAGCAGUUGUGCUUCGAAGCGUUUCGUCAGGUACAGGUUGUCAAGCAGCACAAGCAAAAUGAAGUGCUACUUUCUCACGGCCACAUGGAACCAACAAUCACACCGGUAACCAAAGCAAAUGAAUUGAUUAUUGACAAACAAGGGCGAGGAGGUUCUCCAAUUGAUCAAUCAACUUCACCUCGAAUAGCGUACAGGAAUCUGCGGGUGUCGAUUGAUCCCCCUCCAUCUCUUCGAGAACCAUAUUUUUUUGGGCAUUUUCCUGUUGCUGGUGGUGCAAAAUCUCCACCCGGAUUUUGGGCAAGCUAUGCUCCUUUUAGCUCGGACGAGGAAGAAGGCGACAGCAAUCCCGAUAGUCUGAGGCAUGUUGUGCCUAAUGGUGUAGGCAGGUAUUCUGAAGCCAUCGGAGAGGAGGAACAGCAGCUGUCGCUAACGUGGGAUAAUAUGGCAUCGCAUGCUCUCUCGGACGCUGUCCAGCGUGUGGAGGUUGGACACACCACAUCAAUUGCAACACCUCUUAGUACUGUUGUUACCAAUGUCUACAUGGGCUCAAUUGAGCGCGGGGCUCGAUCUCCCAUGUCGUCUUUUAUUGGUGCCGAAAAUGAAAAGGAUGAGUUUGAAGUCUUGAAUGAUGCACUGGAUGAUGACGUGCAAGAUGAAAACCUUUUUCUCAGUAUCUUAAGCCGACUGCUUGAUGCAAAAAUUAUCGAGGCGGCUGGAAGACGAAAUCUAGAAGAACAGAAAUGGGAGCGUGCAGAAUGCAGCAGAGGUGUGGAUAUCACCACGGUGUCAGUCCAGGACUAA